AUGCCAUUCCGUCGUCGAUCGUGUGACGCCUGUUUCAGCGGCCGACGAAAAUGCGAUCUCGCAUAUCCCAUCUGCGGACGAUGCAAGCAGAACAAGAAAACCUGUAAUUAUGUAUCUUCACCAGACACAAAUACUAACAAGUCGGACUUCGGUGGUGCUCUGGACCAUCAGACGCCAAGCUCAACGACGUCGCUUGGUAUCGACUCCUGGCUACUCGAGGACGCUGCUUUCGAGAUGGACCUGAACGAUAGUGUGCUAAUGACAGGGCUGCUGGAACCGAAGAACGUUCCUAACAUGCUGGGUGAGCUAGGCGAGUUAGAGCCAGUGUCGGGCCACACGCGAAGCUGGAAAUGGGUUAUUGAAAGGCUCAAAGACUAUCCGCGAGAGUUUGUGCGGCGCACCGAAACACCGUUUAUACACAGGAAUACAUGCCUCAAUAACACAGGCGCGGAAGUUCUCCGGGGUGCCUUUGGUAUCUGCGCUGCAUGCGUUUGCAUGAAUGCAACUAAUCAACCGAUGCUGUUUGAAGCUUUGAAUGCGGAACUGGCCAAGCUGCUCCAACCGGGCACGAGCAGCUCGCUGAGAGAAGAUCUAGCAAAAAUGCAGGCCAUUGUCUUAUAUCAAUUAAUCCGCCUAUUCCACGGUGAUAUCAAACAGCGAGCCCUUGUUGAGCAGCAGCAAGAGCACAUAUCAGCAUCCAUGCUGCAUCUCCUGCGCCGCGCGAAUGUCGAGCUUAGCGUAGCGCAGCCCACAUGGGAAACGUGGAUUUUUUCUGAGAGUACUCGUCGUACCGUUAUGGUGGCAUUCAUGAUAUAUGCCGUUUACUCUAUCUUCAAACAUGAGAUUUGCCCAGAGCUACCUACGUUGUCUAUCCUGCCAGUCUCCACUAAGCAAGAAUUCUGGACCUCGGAAAUCACAUAUCUCCUACACACAUCACAAGAAAAGAUAGUGAAAUAUUCCGAAUUCACCUCUCUAUGGCUCCUUUCCCCUUCAAGAAUGCUACACUCCUUUGAAAAAUUGAUUCUGGUGGCAUGCAAGGGAAUAGAGCCACUGGAAGCACUUGGUUGUCUUAACAGCUAG